CUUUACCAUUUUUAUUGAUAGGCCAUAUAUAGCUAAUUAGUCUCUUAUCGAAUAGUUUACAUUGAUGAUAUUAUUUAUAAAUAUAACUAAAUGCAAAAGGGUUUGGAGGAAAGAUUUGUCAAAUGACUGGGGACACCCCCACCCAAAUAGUCUCAACCUGCCACUUCCUUGUUUUUCAAAAGUUUAUUUUGGAAAAAGUUGAUUGCGUUUUCGGCGUCUUCUUUACUAAAAUCCACUUGUUUAAUAGUCAGAGUCAUUCUAUAAUUAUCAACAAUUAAUUAAACGCAUGAAGAGAUUUGAUGGUUCAUGACAGUACGUUAGCUAGCUCGCAGGCUGGCUCUUGAUUUUGGAGAGGGAGGCACGGAGAGUUUGAUCGAGCCAGAAUGUUAUCCGCCACCGCUGCCAGCGUCGAGGAUUUCAGCCUUAGGUUUCCACUGCAUACCCUGGUCUGGGAGAAUGAUUACAGGAAGCUGGAAAAAGAGAUUCAGACGAGUAACAUUGAAGAGGUGGAUCCCAGGGGCCGGACCCCUCUGCACCUGGCCGUCUCACUAGGACACUUGGAGUCGGUGAGAGUGCUGCUCAGGCACGGCGCAGAUGUUUCCAAAGAGAAUGGCAAAAAUUGGACAGUGCUGCAGGAAGCAGUCAGCACAGGAGAUCCAGAGAUGGUGCUGCUGGUUCUCCAGCGACGGGAUUAUCUCAAAGCCUCCACUGCGCUGGGUGGUGUUCCAGAGUUACUGUGCAAGAUCCGAGAGUCUCCAGACUUCUACAUGGAGAUGAAGUGGGAGUUCACUAGCUGGAUUCCUCUCGUGUCACGUGUGUGUCCCAGCGACGUGUGCAGAAUCUGGAAGAGUGGGGCCUGUCUGAGGGUGGACACCAACCUGCUGGGCUUUGAAAACAUGACCUGGAUCAGAGGAAGAAGAAGCUAUAUCUUUAGAGGAGAAGACAACUGCACUGAACUGAUGGAAGUUAAUCACGAGGACGAAGUGGUGGACACUGAGCGCUUUGAUCUCUCCCGUGAGAUGGAGGAUGUCACACUAGACUCCAUGCAGCCUGCAGAGCAGGAAGUAGCCAAGAGGCUGACAACACCCAUUGUCAACACAUAUCUGGACACAAAGAACAUAGCGUUUGAGAGGUCUAAAUCCGGUAUCUGGGGCUGGAGGUCAGACAGAACAGAAGUAGUAAAUGGAUUUGAAGCCCAGGUUUUUUCAGUGAACAACGUGAACGUUGUGAUUCGCACCAGGACGGAGCACCUCACAGACGAGGAGAAGGCCAGGAUAAAAAGUGAAAGGAAUGUUCUGGAGUCUUUACUCGGCACUGUAGAACAACAGAUCGGAGCUCAAGGGGACAUGACUAUGGAGUUUGCCACUGCCACAAACCCCACAGCUAUUACUCCAGAUGAGUACUUUAACCCCGACUUUGACCUGCAGGGCAGAGACAUCGGUCGACCCAUUGAGCUCACCAUCAGAACACAGAAGUUUAAAGGCACCCUGUGGAUGAGCGAGGAGCAUCCUCUGUCUCUGGUGGAGCAGGUCACUCCCAUCAUUGACCUGAUGGCUCGCACCAGCACUCACUUCGCCAGACUCAGGGACUUCAUCAACCUCAGGUUCCCCCCUGGCUUCCCUGUGAAAAUCGAAAUCCCUCUGUUCCAUGUGUUGAAUGCCCGCAUCACGUUCGGAAACGUCAACAAUUGCAGUACAGAUGAGCCUCUGGACUCCAACCAGUCAGCUUCUACACCCACACCUACAGAAGAGAAGAGUGACAACCAGGCUUCAGGACAUGCUCCAUUCAAGGUGUGUCCAUCUGGUUUCAUGGCACCUGCGCACUAUCACCACCGAGGGGGCUACCGC